AUGGGCGAAUUCGACUGGUUCCUCAAGAUCGGCGCGACCCCCCAGGUCGUCGCUGUCCUCAACGAUCAGCCCUACAUCUUCACCAUCCUCGUUGUCGUCCUACUCUCCAUGAUCGCCCAGAUCGUCUUCGCCUGGUACAUCCACUGGGUCACCAUGAAGCCCGAGCAGAAGAAGAAGAAGGGUGACAAGAAGGGCGGCGGCAAGAAAUAAUCUUGCCCUAUCAUUCCGUCGAUCAUCCUACCCACGGAGGGUCAGAACACUAGUCCCAGGCAGUGCCCAUGGGCAGCCCUGUCUAUGAACAGGUGCAUGAUGAUGGGGUGGUCGAAGCAGGUGUCUUGGGGCCUGAUGGAUGGACUGGGUACAGGAUACUCAUUCAAGGAAGAAUUAUUCCUGACUUGGUGUGGAAGGGGUUGCUAAACCAUGCAAUGGUGGUGACGAGUGCCUGGUUGCAUGGAUGCUGGAAGGGCACUUGGUCGUGAUUGGGGUUUCCGUUCUCAGAGGUGCCGCAAAGAUAUAAUGCGCGUGUAGAUGAUAAAUUUUGGCGUUAAUAGAGAGAGACAUGAGCGAUGAGAUU